CGCCAAUCUGUCGACAGAAACUCAAGCCAAUAAUACUUUUUCCCCUCCUAAGCUCUGUCUCCUUCAUAGAUUUGAAAGAGUGAAACAGUACAUACACACACAGACACAGAAGAGAGAGAGAGAGAGAUGGGUUGUGUUAGAACUCCAAGAUACCAUUUGUGUUAUAUUUGGCAGUUAUUUCUGUUGAUUCAAUCUAAAGCUUUUUGCUACCAAUACAAGGUUGGAGAUUUGGAUGCCUGGGGUAUACCCACUUCUGCAAACCCACAAGUCUACAACAAGUGGUCCAAAAAUCACAAGUUCAAGAUCGGAGACUCCCUCAUGUUUCUGUAUCCACCAAGUCAAGAUUCACUGAUACAAGUCACAGAGGAUGCCUACAAAAGCUGCAACCUAAAAUACCCAAUCCUAUACAUGAACAAUGGCAAUUCUCUCUUCAACGUCACUUCUCCUGGCGAAUUCUACUUCACCAGUGGAGUACAAGGGCAUUGCGGAAAAUCACAGAAGCUCCACAUUUCUGUGCCUGGAAAUGGUACUUCUGCAUUCUCACCCUCUUACGGUCCCGGUGCACUGCCAGCAACUUCUCCAUCUUACCCUACAGUCUUUGGAUCGAUCCCGACGCCACCUUCUUCUUCUUCUUCUUCAUCACUGCUAAAAUUUCCAGCGUUCAUGGAGGCAGCCAUUGGAUUUUUCAUAUGCGCAUUUAUCAGUGGCAGGGUAUAAAAAGGAACAGUAAUUUUGAAGGUUUUAUUAAUUAAUUGGAGGUAUGAAAAUAAAUUCAUAUGGCUAUAUAUAAUUGUAUUUGAAAUACCCACCAUAUUUACUUCAGUAUGUUCCCUUCAGAAGUGAUUUUUCAUUUUUAUGCAUUCAUUUGUACAAGAUUUUCGACCAUGUAAUUCAUUCUCAGUAAUUUAAGAUAAUAACACGUUUUCAUUAGAG